AGGGUUGAAAGUCCACUCUGUUCUACGUGUGAUCAUUCUGUUGUUGUUUUUAAUUUCUCGUCUAUAAAACACUGUCACUUUACCUAUAGACGUCAAAUCUAUGAUUAUAAGAUAACAGACUGGGACAAUUAUCGUACUGAAUUGAACAAAGUUGAUUGGAUCCAGUUAGCGAAUCAACAUCAGUCACUUGAUCAACAGGUAAUUUAA